UGUUUUUGUUUUUUGGGAGAGCUUUGGUAACCUAGAAAAUGUAGGACGAUGACUUUUUGGUUAUAAACAAUGUGAACGUUUCGAAUUUUACAACGAAAUUUUAAGUUAAUUACUGUUCUUCAAAAUUAAAAAAAAAUACAUUAAAAAAAUGGAGGACGACGGAACUUCGAAAAUAACCGAGGACAUCACAGGAACUCCAGAUGACGAAGUCGCGCAAGCAGCGGCUGACGAGGACACGGAAUUUCUCAAGGAGCCAUCGGCGAUAGGAGACAAAAGUGUGACAAUAAGUAGAGCACCAUCGGUCGCACCCAAAGCCGCAGGAACUAAAAGCGUCACGCUGAGCAAGCCGGCAUCGGCUUCUCCUUCGCGAUUGAAAAAGUCACGCUCGAAAAAGAAAGAUCCAAAGGCCAAAAAAUGCGCGAAACCACAGAAGUGGGAGUGCGAGGAGGAAGCUUUGUGGCGAAUUUACAUGAGGACAUUCACGGAAGCCGCCUCGAAACGCGCCGAAAUGGAACGAGAUUCGCGCGGCGUAUUCGGUUGCGCGAAGCGCCGAAAACAGCCCGCGGACAUACCUCGAUUGCCGGAUGCCGAGACACCGAUGCGCUUCGAGUUCAACGCCUUCAAUGUACAGGGGCGUGGAUUCGUCGACGGUAGUCCUAAGUUGACAGAUUCUUCGGCGAUGAGUAUAAGGGAAGACAGCGAGUUCGAGUGGCCGAAGCUGUGGCCGUGUUCGAAAAGAGAUAUCGUGAGGGAGCAGAAGAUUCUUGCCAGGAAGAAGAGGAUGAAAGAAACGGGCGCUUUGCCCUGUGAGAUUGACGAGGUGGAUUCGCCUGAAUCCAGCGACGACGAAAGACUCCAAGAGCUGGCGCAUCAAAAGGAGCUGGUCCACGCGAGAAUCCCUUACACCUAUCCCAAGAAACGCAGCAUUCUUCUGAUAGACCGAGCCUCUGGUGAACAUCCCGGUCUCGUCGACGGUGACUACGUGACGUUUGAGUUGCUGACGAAAAAGGGAGUCCCGAGGACCUACGCCAACGUCUGUCUUCGAGGACUGACCGGUAUGCACUUGGCUGAGUUAGAGCGGACUCGCGAAACGACCUGGAAGUUCUGCUUGUAUCAGGCUCUCGUGGCGCUGUUGACGAAGACGCAGCUCAGGUACAAAUUCACCUGGAGCGCCAACAUCGACUACAUCUACCAGCACGCCUGGAUGCUGUUUUUGCACAUCGGCUACCUGAACGUCAAACCUAACCAGAGAUUCGACGACGUUCUCGUCUACAACUACAGGUAUAGUGUGGAACUCGAACUGGUCCAGGAACUCAAGAACGUACCCGUAGUAUCGGACGUGUCUUUCAAGUACGUCGAGAAGUCUCUACAGAAGCAGAGGCAACGACCUAGAAAAGAGCUGACCCUCGCGAGGUCGGGUUUUGGCGUUGAGAAACAAAAGGACGAGUUUAAGCUACCAGUGCACAAAGGCACGAAGAUGAUAGAGAAGUGGUUCGACGAGCUGGAGAUGCAGUUUACGAACUGUGUCAUCAGAACGACGAGGUUCGCUCUAGCUUUCUGGCAAGACGGCCCUUUCUGGUACCUCUACAACCCCUACCGCUGCGACAAGUUUGGAUUCUGGAACGACGCUGGCUUCGCCUCGAUCACGAAGUUCUGCACGAGGGAUUCGCUCAAGAGGCAUCUCAUGAUUCUCAUGCUGAGAGCUUACGCCUACGAAGCAAGCGGUGACAAGAGCGAAGACAAGGAGAAAAAAUCCACUGCGUCGAAUAAAAUCUCGGAAGAAUCCAAGGGUUUCACGAUACAGAUCUUCCAGUUGAUCUUUCAUACCUGUCAGAUUCACAACGUUAAGUUGUACCAGCGUAGUCCGAGAAAACCGAAGCUGAAGCUCGUGAAGAAGCAGGAAAGCGAUCUGUGUACCUUCGAUCCUCUGGCCAAACUGUCACCUAUGCCCUGUGGAAUCGCACCUAACGAUGACAAGUCGAACGACAAGAUGGAAAAGCCGAGUUGGCUGCAGGACUACAAAAUCACCUGGUCCAAAUCCUCGUCAAGCAAGACCAACAUACCAGAGUGUGGAAAGCCCGACAUCACCAAGUGGCACCACUUCGACGUGAUCGAGUCCCGUCGUUUGUACGUACUCUGGGGCCAGAUUCACAUCACCGAUCGCAUCUUCGCCGAGGAAAAUCGCAGCAGGCAAACCGAAGCCUGCUACGCCGUCUGCGCCGGCAUGUCGCUGAUCAACGCGCCGGAGUACUGGAGCGCCGAGAUCUUGAACGCCGUCGUCGUCUGUGGCGAUAAAUUCUACACAGACCGACGACUCAAGUUCCCGGACCCCAACGACUGGUCAUCUCACCCUACCGACCACUUCCUGAUCGGCACGACUCGCUUCGAUCUCUCAACCGAUCCCCCGAUCACCGGACGCCUCUUCGUUCGCAGCGACCAGUGUCUCUGGCGAUCUCUCACACGGCUCUUCCAGAAUCACCGGUUCGCCGUUUUAACUUGCGAAAACUCCUGCCUGGGCCUAUUCAAGCACUGCGGCGCCUACUACGCUUGCGACGUCGGCUCUUACGGGCCGCCGGUCUUCGAGCGGGGACACGGCAGCGCCUACCUGCUCCGAGUCUCGUGCUUCGAAGAUUACGUGAGAUGCCUCGUGCUGCUGAUCGGUUCGAACGAGUGCAGUGGCUUCGAGCUCAGGCCUCUGGAGAUCGGCAGGGUCGUGCACGUCCAAGGCGAUGAGUGUAGUGGGAGAAAAAAGACGAAGUGUCCCGAGGACGUAGGGGUUUCGCGAAAAGACUGUCCCUUCGAGAACGAGAGAAGCAAGGGUAGAAAGAGGGGGAGAAGGCCCUCGGCGGAGGAGAAGAAGAAGUACGAUAGGACCGUUUGCUCGAAGAGGGACUAUUAGCCGCGUGUGGCAAUAAAAAAGAGAAAGGCGAGCUCCCAUCGAUUAACCCCGUAAUUACAAGUUAACCCGAUCCCUCCGGGGACUCGAAAUCCUCUCUCGCAGAGCCAGAACUCGAAAAACCGGCUGAUCGCCGCAUAAUAACCAGCCGAAGAAUCAAACCAAUCCAGCGACAAAGAAGCUCCGAUUCUCCAGUUGUUAAACACUCACUCCCUCGCUCAUCUCAUUAGACUGUACACAGCAUAUCGCGGAGCUGCAGGGAAACUCGAAGCCUGAGGAAAUUAAGCAAAGCCUCUCACCUCAUUGAACCACAAUGACUUCUGGCGGCAAACAUAAUCCACUUUGCAGCCGGUUAGGUCAAGCCGGAAAAGCCCGCGGGGGCAUCCCCUUUGACCAAGUUUUCCUCCGCUGUAUGUAUACCUCUGCGCUCACUCCGAGAGCUAAGAGAGAGAGAGAGAGAGAGAGGGAUGAAUGAGCGAGAAGUGGCCGCUGGUCAUUUCGACGACUUGACGCUGGGCGCGAUGGAACGUGCACUGGUUUCGUGCGGGCUUUAAACGGUUUUGCGCGGAAUUAACGCAAAGGUGGACGAGGUUCUCAGAGGAGAUUAGUCGAGUGGCUGCGAGACGUCAAGUCGGCGAAAGGGUUUUCUCUUUGUUCGUCGGGAUCGAAGCUUGAAAAUUGGAUGUUUUAUUUUUUUUUCAUUGGAAAAUGUUGCUUGGUUGAAAAUAUUCUGUGUGAAAAGCGUGAAAAAAAAAUAAGUUAAUUAAAAAGUGCAAAUUACGGUGAUCAAAGGACAUCGGAAAAGGACGGUCGCAAUAAAUCAACGAAAUCAAUUGUA